GGAACGGGACUGACCGGGAAUGGGAACGGGACCGAUCGGGAAUGGGGACGACCAGGACCGGGACCGACUGGGGACCCCGGGCUGACCGGGAAAUGGGGACCGACCGGGGACAGGGAGCGACCGGGACUGGGAAUGGGGCCGACCGGGAAUGGGGACAACCGGGAAUGGGGACAACUGGGAACAGGAGCGACCGGGAACGGGACUGAUCGGGAAUAG